CUCUCUCGGCUCGGCUCCUCGCCGCCUCUCAUUGUCGGGAAGAGAAGCCCCAGCUCGCCAGGCAGCCCUUCAGCCAGUCCGCGGGGCCGCCGGAUCAAGCAGCUCCAAGCGGGCCGCCGCCCCCCGAGUGGGCGCCCCCCGGCAGCCGGGGCGGGCAUAGCCGGCAGCUCCUGCCGGGCCUUUUGCGAGAAAAGCAGCGGUGAAAGGCGGAGGAGGUGAAGAAAGUCUGGGGCGCCCUGGGCUCCUGCGCGCCGCCCGAAAGGAAAGCAGUGGCGGCGGCGGCGGCGGCGGCGCUGGGGAAGGAGGACCGGUGCCGAUUCUCUACGAAGCCUUAUGAAAUCAAGGAAAAGAACCAACCAAUCAUCGAAUUUCGUUUGAGACAUAGGAAAGGGAACUAAACGGAGCCGCAAACAUGGCUGACUACUCGUCUUAUAAAGAGACCUCCAAUCGGCAUUUGCGCUUCAAACUUCAGAGUCUCAGCCGCCGCCUUGACGAGUUAGAGGAAGCCACAAGAAAUCUCCAGAAAGCAGAGGACGAGCUGUUAGACCUGCAGGAUAAAGUGAUCCAGGCGGAAGGCAGCAACUCCAGCAUGUUGGCUGACGUGGAGACCUUGAGAAAGAGAGUUUUGAAAAUAGAAGGCAAGGACGAGGAGAUCCGAAAGGCAGAGGAGCUCUGCCACCUGAUGAAGACCAAGCUUGAGGAAGAGGAGAGCCUCACCCGAGAGCUGAAGUCAGAAAUCGAGAGGCUCCAGAAGCGAAUGGCUGAGCUGGAGAAACUGGAGGAGGCUUUCGGCCGGAGUAAGAACGACUGUACUCAGCUGUGCCUCAGCCUCAACGAGGAGAAAAACCUGACCAAGAAGAUCUCAACGGAACUGGAAAUCCUGCGGGCGAAAGUGAAAGAACUGGAACAGUCAGAAGACCGGCUGGAUAAAACCGAGCAAAGCUUAGUGAGUGAAUUGGACAAAUUGAAAUCUUUAGCCCUCAUUUUUGUCAGCGAAAGAAAACAUUUCACCGAAAAGGAGAAGCAGAGCGAGAAGCUGAUACAAGAGCUCACCCUGAAGCUGGAGCAGAAUAACAAGCUGAAUCGGGCUGACCAAACACGCAAUGCCUCAAACCUGCUGGAGAGAUCAUCCAACAGUAUAAUUGACAGAAACGACUUGAGGAUUGAGGUUGACUUGACAACCUCAGCGCUACCCUCAAAAGAAACCAGAAGAAAAGCCAGCUUGGACUACCUAAAACACGUGGAAAAUGAAACCCGAAACAAAUCGGAAAACCAGAAGAACAAAAACCAAGAAGACAACAAAGUGAGGGACCUCAACCAAGAAAUUGAGAAGCUGAAGACCCAAAUGAAACAUUUCGAGUCUUUGGAAGAGGAGCUUAAAACCCUAAGAGCCAAAAACAACGACCUCCACGACAACUACUUGAGCGAACAGAACAAGAAUAAGAUCCUCGUGGGCCAGCUGGAGGAAAUAAAAACAGAGAUGAAGAAGCAGAAAGAGCUGGAGAACGGGGAAGCCGAGAUGGAGGAGGUGAACGUGCCCAGCCGAGCUAAGCAUGACCGACCCAAGCAUCGAAUUGUUACAACCGAGUCAGCGGUUUCUAAACAUAAGUCCCGGGAACUGUCACCUCAACAUCGGCGGGAGAGGCUACGCAAUCGAGAACUGAAUAAUGAAAGCUAUGGCCAAAGUAGCAAGCGAGUUACAAGCCCUAAUAUGAACAGCAGAAGGGCGGCCAAAACAUCUGUAUUAGACUCUUUAUCAACUGAUGCUAAACGGGUAGAAGACAAAUCCACCUCAGUUGUGAACAGUUCUCCAUCAAAAGAUAACGGCACCUCUGCCCCCGAAGUGAAGAAGUCUAGGGAGCAGCCUUCAGUGCUCAGCCGUUAUCCACCUGCAGCCCAGGAGCACAGAUCUUGGAAGGCCUCUCCAAAACCCAAACAUGAAAAUACUACGAGGAAUAGAGUUGAAAAAGGACCCCAACCCCUGAACGAUGCUCAUCACAUUAAACCUGAUGAACUUGAAGAUCAGCCCAGCAAACCAGAAUUCACAGGGCCUCCUUCUGAAAAGGGACUAAAGGUGCAAGCCGCAGAACCGCUGGUUCUUACAACUGACACUCGCGCCUCCAAAGCCAACGGUGGACCACCCAAUGGCGCUGCUUUGUCCUAUGGGCAGCAUCCCUCGGGGGAAACCCCAUCUUCUGAAUCAGCGAGCUCGAAGACGGAAGCUACCUUUUCAGCUCGCAGGCAACACUUGGAAGAGGACUCUCCAAAGUUGGUCAACUUCCAAAAUAGAGAGCCUGCGGAGCUUCCACUUGAAAUGACAAAACCUCCUCUUCUGUCGAAGCCUUGGCUCAUUUCGAAAAGCCAAGAGGAUACCCUUCAGAACCAUCCAAUUCCUCCAAGAGGGGAAAUGGACCAAACUCUUUUCUCGACUGUAAACUGCAACAAUUUGGACCUGAAAGCGACAAGGUCCAAAGCUGCCAAUCCUAGCCGGAUGGAGAAAUCUGGCGUUGAGGAAGGGGCAAGCAAAAUCGGGACCAUCUCUGCUACUUUAAAUUUGGGACUGAGAAAGGAGACGGCUUCCCGAGAGUUCACAACCUCCAGGGGAUCCGUUCCUACGUCGUCCUUCGAAAACGAUCGACAUGCCAGCAGCGAAGAAGACCUCAGCAGACUAUCCAGAAUGACCUCAGCCGGUGCGAUGUCAGGCUUGAAAUCCCGACGGCCAUUUAGCCCAAGGGAAGCUCUACGCUCCAAAGCCAUCAUCAAACCCGCAAUCGUGGAGAAAGACGUGAAGGAAGUCAUGGGAGGGGUGGGUUCUGGACUGGAAACCAGCUGUGAAAAACAGCCUCCCACCUGUAAGACAGUAGCCCACAAAAUGACCAGCAGUAUCACCAUCUACCCAUCUGAGCCAAUGACUCCAAGGAGCAGCAUCCUGGACCCUACAAAGGAACAGCUGUACACAACCCUUCAAGCCAUUCCAAGCCAACUGUCUCCAGGGGCAGAUGCCACCAGCGUUCCCAAUGACUUCUCACUUAACAAGAGCAGCAUAACCUUAAAGUUACCAGAGACGGAUAAAAACGGAGACUCUGUCCUGCGAAGCAGGGUAGAAACGGUCAUUUCCAAAAGUAGUAUUACAAUAAGGCCUUCGGACACCACCGAGAAGAACAGUGAACCCCCCCUGGAGACAGUCAGCUGGAAGACUCACAGCAGCCUGGCGACAAACUCGCCCGAGGCCAAGCACGUCACGGUAAGAAGCUCCUGGCGGACAAGGCGAGGAUUGCGUUCUUUGGAAGACUCUCUAGCCAAAGAGGUUGACCACGUAAAUCCUCGGACUCCGUGUAGGUCAUCUACUGACCCUUCUAAACCCGAAGGGACCACGGCCCGCAUCUACGCGAUUGAGCAGAAUUCCAGAAGGGCGAGUGCCGGGUCAAAUUCUUGGAAUCCUCCAGAAUUAGACUCUAGAAGGACCAAAAGUAACUUGAGCGCAUCCGAGAUGCUAAACCAGAAAAGCUGCGUCAAUGAUCUUGUGACGGCUUCCUCUUGGAAUUGCACAGUAAUGCCAGAAGACAAAGAUGUUGCUCCCAGGAGGAAAGCAUACGGCUCCUCCGAGCAACUGACCUCGAGGAGGAGGCCAGAGGUCAAGCCGGAACUGUCCCGCCAACCUCCGAGCAGCAGGGCUGAGGAACAGAGACGGUGGUCCAGAGACCACUCGGAAGCCCACUGAAGCGGCUGAGGCUUAUUUCCUGUUGCAGUUUGCAUGACUUCCAGACCUGGAAUGCCAUCUUUCUCCUGCUGCUGCUGAUGCCAGUCCACCAUGGGGGGGAUGGGGGCUGAUUCGGUGCCUGACCUCUUACCCCCUUUCAGUGCUCAAGUACUCUCCCUCUUCCACACACACACGAACACACCCCAAACAAAAAAAGAACACCCCAACCCCAGAUGGACUUUUCUUUUAACGAAGGCUUUGCGUUCUCCUCCUCCUCCACGAAGGAGGAUGUGGAGACUUUGCUCAGGGGAAUCCCACUCCGGGACUUUUACUGAGCGCGAAUCAAUGGAGACCCUCAGCUGGCAACUGCUUGGAAGCAUUCAAGAACUUUGGACAUUUGCCUUGGGUGUUUAUGGACUCCAUUCCCGGAGCAGCUUUUGGUUUGGUUUGACUUGAAAGUCCCAUGGAAAACCACUUUGGGCCUCUGCCUGCUGGUCCUCAGCUUCGGAGAGCCAUUGACCUGACACCUCAUGGCCACAGCUCUUGAAGAAUGGCCUAGUGGGGGUUCAUGGGCCAUUGCUUCCCUGUAGCAGCAUCUCUUCUUCCUCCUCCUCCUCCUCCUCCUUGCUCGAACUGCAACAGUUUGGCCUCUCAUACCGAUGUUUGAUUGAGCCAUCCAGAGAAGCAAUAAAUUGAGAUGCAUCUCCUCCACCGUCUCCUGCUCCACCGGCAGGGACUGGAGCGGUUUCUGGGUUCUCUUUGGCCUCAAAACAGCUGCUUCCUUUCUUGUUGGCACAGCACACUCCUUGCAAACCCAGCCAGAUUUGGGGUCCUACAACGACAAAUCUCAUCGGCAAUCCUCCCGCUCUGCUCCCCAUCAAAUUGCACCCCGAUCCUAAGGGACCAGCAUGCUCGGCGAGGCUAUUCUAACGUCACUUGAACCGAGCCCUAGAAGACUCAAGUGUGGCCGGCAGUUGGAGGUGUCGGGUUUCUCCAGCACCUUGGCGCAUCCUUGGGGGGAGGGGAGGGACACAUUCCUUUAUUUCUGCUACCUCACCACUUGCUUGGACAGAAGGACCAGCUUGGAUCUUCCGGAGACCCAGCAGCUGCCCUCUUCCUCCCUCUGAAACAGCAAAAACCGAACUUGGUUCACACACUCAUCCCCGCCCUCCCAGGUCUGUUUUUCAUCGUAUUCUGUGCGUCUUGUUCAGAUGCUGCUCCAUUGUAAGAAUUCUUAUCUGCCUCUGCCCUUGUUUUGCCAAGGUGGGAUUCCAAAAACUGAUCAGAAUUAGCUGCUCUUCCCUUUUUUUAAAGGAAUGUCUCUCAUGCGCAUGUACAAUCAUGCCGAGCAUUGGAAUGGUGAGAACCAAUCCAGAGGUUCUCUAGAGCAUGUGAGCUGUGAGUUGUCAUUCACACUCGCAAGUAACACCCUCUCCAGCCUCCAGCUGUUUGACGAAGAGAUGGGUUCCAAGAGUUAAUUAAAAAUGCAAUUAUUACGGCAGCCAGUCCAUGUGGCUCAGAUGAAAAUAAUGGGUCGGGGGAGGAGAAUCAGCCAGUGGGUUGCUGAGUCUGCUCACCUGCACACCUUCCUCACCUGCUACUACCUGCAAAGCCUCUGUGUUGUCUGGCUAGCUGGGAGCAAAUAUGGGGAAAGUUUUGAGGUGCAAGAAUCUAUGGGUACCUUGUUUCUCCUGUUCCUGUGUUCUCCUACAAGUUGUUUCAUCCACACAUUGGGAAGCUUUCCCCCCCACCCCUCGUCCCCGUCCCCAGGAAGGGUCUGCCAUUCCUUUCCUUCUGCUGUCUUUCUGCUUCAGAUGCAUAGUAGCUGGCUUAAUGGGGGGAAGAGGGGAGAAUUGUAUCAGCACCAUCAUCCACUGUCACCUCUUCACUGUCAACCAUAACGCACCAUCAGCUCCUCACUCUCAAUCAUCACCUACUGUCACCAUCCACCAUCUAUCUCUUCCUCUAAAAUCAUUGGAAGGGUGCCUGGUGUUAGGCGUCAGGAUGUAGCACUGUGCGCUUCAACAAGAUUUGCCUCCCUCUAAGCCAGUGCUUCCCAAAUAGGAGGAUGUUACCCAAAACUGAGCAAGACUGGUUUUUCCUUUGGGCAACAACGUGUGACCCCCAUUAACCAAUCAGAAUAGGGACAUUAAAAUUGACUUAGAUUGCCACGUGUACUAAAAUAUAUUCGAAAAAUCUCCCAAAGCAUUCCUUAUUAAGACGAAGGUUGAUAAAAUUACAAUUGGCAAUUGGCUGAAAUGAUCAUUCAGUGAUCAUUGCUUGUAUAAUACUGGUAGUUCUUGAGUUACGACCAUUCAUUCAGUGACAGUUUGAAGUUACAAUGGUGCUGGAGGAAGGGAGUUACAACAGGUCCCCAAAAGUUCAGUAAGGCUUUUUGAUAAGCAGUUUUGGGUAAUGAAGGAAAAUGUUUGGGAGCCCUGCUCUAAGCAGGGAUCUCCAAACUUGGCAAUUUUAAGACUUGUGGACUUCAACUCCCAGAAUUCCUUGGCUAGUUGAGGAAUUCUGGGAGUUGAAGUCCAUAAGUCUUAAAAUUGCCAGGUUUGGAGACCCCUGCUCUAAGUCACCCUAUUCAGCCACAUAGAAGAGGAAAUUCCAUUGGAAUAUCUUGGCUCAAGAGAAAAGAUCCCACAUCUCCAUGGGUCUUUUUCAUAAAUAAGUGCAUUGUGUUCCUUGCCAUCUUACUCCCACCGAAUAUGAGUUUAAUGAAAAGUUUGGACUUCCUGUGGCAGCCAUGCCUGGAGUCGUUAGCAUGUUAAGACUUACAGAAACAGGAGAUUAUAGCUAGAGAAUGCAGCAUGUACCACAUUCUGCUUUACGUCCAACUAAGAUGUGAAUAACACAAUCAGACUUCAUUUAAAAAGUCAUGCACAACUGGAAACGGGGGAACAGCCCCUCCCCCAUGUCAUGGGAACACCACCAGUGUUGUCAUUUCUUUCAUUGCUGUUGAAAAACCAGCCUUUUAGGUACCCUUUGAGGGUUUCAACACGAACCAGGUUCUGGAACCACGAAGGGCAUUUUAUACCUUUACCUUGUAAUAUUACAAACCUAAACUGAUGCUCCUCAUGGCAGCGGUUCGUUUCUCCCUUUUUGCAUGCCACAUUUUCUGUAGCGCAACAGGAACAAAGGAGAUGGAAGAGUUUUUGGUUUCUGUUGCAAAAGGUCUAGGAAGCCUAAGGCACGUCAAGGAAUCUGCUAACGCUUCAGGCGUGAAUCUGAGACAACCUACUGCUGGUUUGGCUUAUAAAAGGGUGCCAGUGCUGGUUCUUAUAGCAAAAUAAAGGGAAAUCUGGGGAGGAAGUCAAAAGACCGGAUGCCUUCCUUCCAAAAUGACAUUUCUGUGCUUUGUAUUUACAUAACCAGGGUUACUUCAGUAAGCUACAGGCAAUUCUGAAGCCAUACAUCCCAUCUCUACUAAGUUACCAGCUCAGCCUUUGAUGGAGUACCACCAAAAGAGUGGUUACCCAGUUUUGCCCCCUUUUUUUUAAAAAAAAAAAUCUAAUAAGCCUUUAUUUCACGCUCCAGCACUUUUUGGAUGCUUGUCAUGUAACACUAUUUUUAUUCUCCAAUUUUUGGCAAGUCUUCCAGCUUGUGUGGGUGGGUGGAUAGGUAGGGAAAUGAAGAGGAAAAAAAACAAACCUUAAAUCGAUUUGUGUCCUUUGACAGGUGCCAAGUUUACAUGAAAGUCUUAUUUGGUCUGUGUGGUAAACCAAUCUGUAGUAGCCAUUUUAAUAAGUAUUUUUUUUUUGGCGUGCUUUGUGUGCCUGAUCUAGUAAUAAGAUGAGGCUUGUGGAUUAAUCCCAAAAUUAGGAUGCUUUUAAAAAAAAAACAACUCCCCCCCCCAAAAGCCAUUCCACCAUGAAUUUAAAAAAGCACUUUAGCGUAUAAAACCUGAUCUAAACCGUUCCAUUCUUCUUGAUCUCAGGCUACUUGAAAAUUAAACCUGCAUUGAUUCUGCUGCUACUUGAGCCAUUCCUUCAAUUGGGUCAGAGAUGCUGCAGUGCCCAUGGAUGGGUGGGUGAGGGGGAAUUGCAGCAUUUAACUCUAAUUCUGGUUCCUACAGGGUGUUUAAAUCCCUUCCUAAAGCAUGUUCCUUUUAGACAUGGAAUUUCAGGUGUUACUUGUUCCUCAGUCAGCUAACAUUGUAGGCUAAUGUGGUCGUUUUUUCAUUUGUUCCUCAUCAACUGCAGCCCCACUAGAGACUUCGCGAAGUCAAUUAUGCAAAGCUUAGCACCAUUUAGUGGUGUGUGAAGCUCAAUUAGUCUUAAACUUGACAGCUAGGCUGGUUGAUCUUAGGGUGUUGUUGUGAUCCAAGUCUUUUUGGAUAGUUCAGGGAUUUUCAAUUUUUUUCAGUGGUUUUCUAAAAGCAAUGCAUGAUUUUUUUUUUGUGAGAUCGUCUCCCAACAAUUGAUUCAACUUUAGGGUAGACUUCAGCAAGAAAUAAAUGUUUCGCUUACUUUGAAUUAUUGUCAGGCAGCAUAUCAGAGGCAGUUAUAAACUGCAGUGUAUAGAGAAAGGGAAGAGUAAAUUUUAAUCUGUCUACCUGUGCUAGACUGAUUGUUAAAUAGAUUAUAACUCUUUUUUUUUUCUAAAAAGAUGUGAAUCCUUUCCUUACUGGGCUGGCCCAACUCCCUGGAUUAAAUUACCCCUGGAUUAAAUUACAGUUCAAUGCAUUAUCCAAAUGCAGAAAAUAGCUUAAUUUGGGAACCAGUUUCAAUGUGUUGAUGUCAUUUUACUAUGACAUGCAAAAACAGCCCCUGAAAGGGUUACUUUUCAAUCUUCAACUCAACAAGGCAGAGACAAUCUCUUCUCCCCCUCUAAGAUUACUUCACUUAAUUGCUCAGAACUCUGUAGCUUUCUACAGAAUUUCUGCAGUUUUUCACUUUCUAUCUACGGAGGAAGUGAAAAACAGCAUGUCUUCCAGCUAACUUGUCCAAGCCCCAAUAUAAGCGUUCUGUAUUCCACUAGUAGAGACUCUUGCUCAUUUCUUCAUCCCUUCCUAGCUCUAUCAAGUUGCCAACAGCCUAUCACAGGUCUGGCUCAGCCGAGAGGAUCAUCUUUUUUUCUCCACUACCCCUUUAUUUUGGGGGUUGUGGGGGUGAUCAGUUUCCAUUUCUUAGGCCUUAGAACAGGAUUGUCCAACCUUGGCAACUUUGGACUUCAACUCCCAGAAUUCCACAGCCAGCUGUGCAUAGCUCAUUGGGGAAUUCUGGGAGUUGAAGUCCAUCGAUCUUAAAAGUGGUCAAGUUUGGACACACCCCUACCUUAGAAUAUACUUGAACAGCUGGGAAGAAGAGUAGGUUUUACUGAGAACAGUUUGGGACACAAGUCUGUCCUUGUUUUCUUCUGCUCUCUGUAUUUAUAAAAUCCAUUGAAUUGAUAGCUACCAUAUUCAUCCUUAUUAGGGAUUUGUGGGGCAGGGCAGAAAUCAGAUUCUGCCGAAGAAAUGUAUUUCCCCUAAUUAAAUAUGAAUGCCUUGUCUUCGUUGUUAUAUAUCAGGGAAUCGACUUUCCAUUCUCAGUUUUGCAGUUCCCCAUCAAUCAUCUUAUAUUAAACUAGAUGUAGAGCAAUAAAUAAUCCUUAUUGCCAGAGAGGGGAAGGAGGGCUAUUCAGUGAAUGGCUGAAAAAUCUGUAAAAUCGGGAUUACAAACCCUACGGAAUGGCUAACCCUGAGGUGCAAUAAGAGCUGGUUGUAUUUGUGAACACGAGGGUUUCAUGAAGAUUGGCUCAGCUUGCACACUUUUAACGAAAAACAACUGUAAAGUGUAUUUGUAAAUAUUUUGCCUAUGUUUGGGGUGAAUUAAUUAAUUUGUGUUUUAAACUGUAAUAUGUAACUACCAUAGGGAAUCCCCCACCCCUCCCACCCGGACUUUCCGAUGCUGAAAAAUUGUGGGUUUUUUUUAAAGGAACAAAAACUAAUGCAGCAUUGUAAAUUGUAUUUGAUGCACGUGAAUUUUCUUCUUCUCUUUCUUUAAACUCAAGAAACUUAAAAACAUGCAGCAGCUUCUCCCACCAGGAGAUCUGCGCUUCUUAACAAGGAACGUGACCACCUUCUUGCUCCUUUCCUAUCACUUGCUGAAGCAACAUUGCAGCUCUGAUGGAGAGCCAGGCACCUUGUUGACCAAAUCAGAGCUUUGUGCGCACGAAGUCCCAAACUUUAUGAGACUGUAUGCAAGCCGCUGCCAGCCAGAGAGCGCUCAGCAUACUUCGCUUCAUCCUUCAGUGUGCCAUUAAGAGGCAAGACUGAUCUAGACGCUGACAUCCGAGUGCCAAGAACUUAGGGUUUUAGCCAUAGGGUCGGUCAGAAAGACCCCCCGCAUGUAUGCAGCAGAAGGGCAGUGCCCCUGAAGCACUGAAACGAUGCCCCUUCCCUUGCCCACUCACAUUUAUGUAAUGGGGAGGCUGAGUUUUGCUGCUUUAGUUAAAAGCCCAACUUGAUCGCCAACGAAGGAAAAGAGCAGGGAGAGACUGCUGUGCAGAAGUUCUCCCUUCCUUUUGUCUUCUUGGUUAGAGACCAAAGGAAUUACUUCGUUUUUUGUUUUUUUUGUGGCUGUUGGAAGCCCCAAAUCAGCCUUCCAUACCUGCACAAAGGGAGAGGCAUGUUGGUCUUCCUGCCGUAUGAAACACUUGAGAAUCUUUCAACUUCUGUGGAAUGUAUUUUUAAGAGAUGAAAAUAUAUUUUUUCUAUUUGCUAAUGUCCGGACGGGGGUGGAAAAGGGACUGCAGAAGCCAGACAAUGUUAUGUGUUCUAAGGCAGAUGGGCAUCGCCUGCCUUCUAUUCCUUUUCAGGUGAAGAAAAAAAAAAA